GCUGAUUUAUGUUAACAUGAAUAACUGUUUAUAGUAUGACUGUCUUUUUAAUUAUUACUAUAUAAUAUGGAUACUAUUUAGCUACAGUCGUGUUUCAGGCAAUUCUUGUGUAUAUUUUCAAUAAAAUAAUACAGUUUAUGUCUAAGAUGGGGUUCAUUUGCUAUGGCAAACAGCAUAUAGAAUUAUUGUUAAUAGAUUAAUAUGUGAAUAAUACAUUUUGAUCUAUCUAUCUAUCUAUUUAUCUAUCUAUCUAUCUAUCUAUCUGUGCUGUUACUUAGUCAUUACAAAUGCUGAUUGAUGUUAAAAUAAAUAACUGUUUAUGUAACAGUAUGACUAUAUUUUGAUUAUUACUAUAUAAUAUACACUGUGUUUUGCUGUGCACAGGAGAUAAUGAAGAAGACAACCAACUUCUUUCCCGGAAAGACUAUGGUGUCUUUCAGGAAGGGUCCAUCAGGUCAUCUGCGGCAGGAUCCCUCUGACGAGGCCAUGCGGAUCAAAAAGAACCCUUCUCUUGAGGACAAGUCUCCCCCUCAGAGACAUGACCUUGUGAAGACCAAUGCUCUCACUGUGGUCUUUGAGCGGGGAGGGGAUGUGUCUGACCGACUGGAGGUGAUGGGGGAGUAUGUGCUGCAGUUUGGAAAGUACAAGGGUAAAUUGUUUAGGUGGCUCCUGGAAAAUGAUGUUGGCUACACCAUCUACCUGAUGAAAAAGGUAGAGGAGGAGGAGAGAGAUGGGACCUUCAACCCUCAGGGACACAACAAGGACAGCCUGCUGUCAUUUCUGGACUAUGCCAGGAGCUUCCAGGAAAUUAGGGACCUCAGGGAGUAUCUAGCUUCCAGGCUGCCUGCGCCACCAGUGGCAUCAGAGGGUGACAAUACUGUCGGCUUUGGAGCCAGGGCAAAGGACACCUGGAGGCAGAUCUGGGAGAGCAGGGCAGACGGAUAUGCUGCCUUCAUCGUAGGAGUAAAGUGCAUCAAAAACAGCAAGAUGUACAACCUGCAGCAGUACAUCCUCAAGCAGCAGAGGGCUGAGUCUGGGGAGUCCUGUCCACCACCUGCAGGGGUCUCCACUACAUCAGCUGCCCCUACACCGCCUACAUCUAGCAUUGUAGCGAUGGAGGAAGACGAGGAGUUGGAGAGGGGAUGCUGA